AUGUCGUGGCAAGCAUAUGUUGACUCUAGCAUGGUGGCUAGUGGCCAUGUCGAUAAGGGAGCUAUUUACAGCAUUGCGGGUGACAGCAAGUGGGCUGCCAGUCCAAACUUCGACGUCUCUGCCACUGAGAUGAAGGAGAUCAUCAAUGGUUUGUCAGGAAAGGUCGAUGCUCUGUAUGCUGAAGGAUUGCACGUUGGUGGGGAGAGAUACGUCCUCACAAAAGCCGAAGAUAGAAGUCUCUAUGCCAGAAAGGGCCGAGAGGGCGUCGUCAUUGUCAAGACCAAGCAAGCUAUCCUCAUAGCCCACUAUGGCGAGAGCAUGAUUGCCGGGAACUCAGCAACAACUGUCGAACAGCUGGCAGACUACCUCAUCAAGUCGGGUUACUAG